GUGAACGUGGGGGCCGGCAGCCACCCCCACAAGGUGAAGGUGUACGGCCCCGGCGUGGCCAAGACGGGGCUCAAGGCCCACGAACCCACCUACUUCACUGUGGACUGUGCCGAGGCCGGGCAGGGUGACGUGAGCAUUGGGAUCAAGUGCGCCCCGGGCGUGGUGGGGCCGGCUGAGGCCGACAUUGACUUCGACAUCAUCCGCAAUGACAAUGACACGUUCACCGUGCGCUACACGCCGCGCGGGCCCGGCACCUACACCAUCAUGGUGCUCUUCGCCGACCAGGCCACCCCCACCAGCCCCAUCCGCAUCAAGGUCGACCCAUCCCACGAUGCCAGCAAGGUCAAGGCCGAAGGGCCUGGGCUGAACCGGACCGGCGUGGAACUGGGCAAGCCCACCCACUUCACGGUGAACGCCAAGGCAGGGGGCCGGGCGCCCCUGGACGUGCAGUUCACCGGCCCGGCCAAGGGCGAGGCCGUGCGGGACUCGGAGGUGAUCGACAACCACGACGGGACCCACACAGUGAAAUACACCCCUGUGCAGCAGGGUAACCUGGGCGUGGCCGUGACUUACGGCGGAGACCACAUCCCCAAAAGCCCCUUCAGCGUGGGCGUGGCCCCCAGCCUGGACCUCAGCAAGAUCAAGAUCACCGGCCUGGCUGACAAAGUUGAGGCGGGCAAGGACCAGGAGUUCACGGUCAAGUCCAAGGGGGCCGGCGGACAGGGCAAGGUGGCCGCAAAGAUCACGGGGCCGGCGGGCAAGUCGGUGCCCUGCAAGGUGGAGCCGGGCCUGAGCCCCGACAACAACGUGGUGAAAUUCAUCCCCCGCGAGGAGGGGCCCUAUGAGGUUCAGGUGACCUACGACGGAGCCCCCGUGCCCGGCAGCCCCUUCCCCAUGGAGGCCGUGCCCCCCACCAACCCCUCCAAGGUGAAGGCCUACGGGCCGGGGCUGCAGGGCGGCCAGGCCGGCUUGCCCGCCCCCUUCACCAUUGACACGAAGGGGGCCGGCACGGGAGGCCUGGGGCUGACGGUGGAGGGUCCCUGCGAGGCCAAGAUCGAGUGCCUGGACAACGGGGACAGCACCUGCUCUGUCUCCUACCUGCCGACGGAGCCGGGCGACUACAACAUCAACAUCCUGUUCGCGGGCGCCCACGUGCCCGGCUCGCCCUUCCGGGCGGCCGUCCAGCCCCGCUUCGACCCCUCCAAGGUGACCUGCUCGGGGCCGGGGCUGGAGCGGGCCACGGCCGGCCAGACGGGCCAGUUCCACGUGGACUGUUCACGGGCCGGCAGCGCCGAGCUCACCAUUGAGAUCAUCUCGGAGGGCGGGGCGCAGGCCGAGGUGCGGGUGCAGGACAACGGUGAUGGGACCUACACCAUCGCCUACACCCCGCUCUGCUCCGGCACCUACACCAUCACCAUCAAGUACGGCGGGCAGCCCGUGCCCCACUUCCCCAGCACGCUACAGGUGGAGCCGGCCCUCGACACCUCCGGGGUCAAGGUCUACGGGCCCGGCGUGGAUGGUGAUG